UUUUUCAGGCUUUUGCGCGUUAAUUCCUCCCCUACACAUUGUAAACAAAGGUGCAAGUGGCAACAUUGAAGUCCUCCAUAUCAAUAUAUUUUUCAGGUUAUCUUCAAAGUCAUAUCUAGGCUGCCGUCUUCAAGUGAAUUUGAGAUUUUCAAUUAAGAUGGCAUCCAUCGGCAGAUCUGUUCGCUCCGCCUCUCGUCUCUUGUCCGCAGCCAGGCUCACGGCUACUUCUUCGCGGACUUAUGCCGACCAGAUGAGCUUCACCCUUGCUGCAGCAAAUCAGGUAUUCUACGCCAAUCAAAGUGUGAAGCAAGUAGAUGUUCCUUCCUUCAGUGGUUCAUUCGGUAUUCUAGCCGACCACGUACCAACUCUGGCUGUCUUAAAACCCGGAGUUAUCACAGUAUAUGAAGAUGAUGGUAAAGUUAAGAAGGUCUUCGUCUCCAGUGGAACUGUUACAAUCAAUGAAGAUUCAUCCGUUCAAGUUUUGGCUGAAGAAGCCCACCCAAUUGAAAAUUUAGACCUUUCAGCAGCUAAGGAAGCCCUCUCCUCAGCCCAGAACUCCCUUGCUUCAGCUAAGGAUGACAAAGAAAGGGCUGAGGCAGCCAUAGAAGUUGAGACAGCUGAAGCAGUCGUCCAAGCGAUUUCCGGAUAAUUUUAGUCCCUUAAUUUAAAUGUAUUGUAGAUUGAUUGAGCGCAACCGGCAACCAACUCCGAAGUUCCAGCUUUACCUCAGCGGGAAGCCUUUCUAAUGGAAGAAGCAUUUCUAUGUACAGUUUCUAUCUUCCUCAUGUCAUCUUGAAUGUAUCAUUCUCUUUAUUUUCUUUUCUAUUGUUGUUUUAAUGUUCGUUCCUAAUGCGACAUUCUUUCUCCUUUUUUUCCCUUAAUUUAAGUGAAAAAUAAAGUGCUUCUGUUAGUUUUAAA